AUGACAUCCGCUUUCCCCUUGCCCGACCUACCAGUCAUCAUCCAGCAGCUGGCCGGCAUUCUCCCACUCACCGCGCUAGUUGAGUUCAUCGAUCUCCCCACGAAGCUGCACGGCUUUCACCUGACCGGCCGGGUUCCUCUCUGGAACUGGCCCAUCACUCCUGCAGGCGCCCGCCUGCUUACCCGGACCCAUGAGAAUGUAGACGCCUGUUGUCUUGACAGUUUCGAUCGCAGCACAACGCUCCACUGCAUCGAUGGCCGGUUUGGCGACCUGUACCCCAGCAGCACGCCGACCACGACCCGGCUCUGGCUUGGAGCGCUGAAGACAUACCUCAAGAUCCCGAAUCUCAGCCCCCGUAUGCAGCAGGACAACAUCCGGCGGCAACGUCUCGAGGUUGUCCUCUUCCAAAACAGUAACAACACCGCCGCUACCACGCAGCCAGCAGACGCCGUCAAUGGCAGCUUGGCAUCAUCCUGGCCUGCUGUCUUGCGGCGUGCCACAAACUGGCGGCCCCUCCCCUACACGAUACUUUCCUUGACGGGCUGGGUGCUGUGGGCCUCAGCCGUGGGCAUCGCCCUGGCCACCCAGCUGUACUUAGCCGCCGCUUACCUCCUCCUUUUGCCCCUGAGCGGCCUGACCGUCAAGUACGCGCACGGCGGCGAACCGCGGGGGCUACUCGACAAUCGCCCCAGCCCCAACAGCCGUGUCGUGAUCGCCACCAACAGCCUGAACGCCUCCGACUGGUGGCUCUUCUACGGCGCCAGCCCGACCGUCAACUCAAUCCUCAACAAACCGCUGAACCGUGCCGGGGCGCCCCCGAGUCGCUACGCCGUCUUCGUCCUGCAGGGCCUGAUCUUGGGCCAGUGGGCGCUGGCCGUGGCCACGUGCGCGUUUCAGAACUGGAACGCCAUCUUCGUGUCGAUCUGGCUGGCAUUCUGCUCCCUCUCGAGCGCCUAUCUCUAUCCUGCCCAGCAAGGGGUGCGCGACUGGUUGGAGCUGGACUGCGGGGUCAAGGCUAGAAAAGUCACGGCUGAGUUCAGCUCCCGGAGAUCGAUGCUUGUCGCGAUGGUGUAUCUCAACCCAGACUCGAAGACCAACGGUCUGAGCUGGAUAAACCCAAUCCUGGCCCCAUGCGACGAGCGCACUCGGUGGGAGCGGGCAUUGCUUCAAUACAUUGAUGACGGCUCAUUUGCGAUCGAAGAGAAACGCGAGUACUGGCACGACUUUAUCGAGGAAGGCGUGGAAAUGGGCCGCAAGAUUGAGAGCGUGAUCAAGGAGUUGCAAACCAUUCACGGUCAAGUCGACAUCAAGACACACCACGUGUGA